AUGACGCCGAAUAAAAAUAAGAGAUCGACUCCUCAUAAAUCUCCUCACAGAUCUUCACCUCACAAAUUUCAGAAGCCGGGCAAAGCUCAUAAAUCACCAAAAGAGAAAGUUGCGCCUGCAAAACCAAGUCUUCCAAUACUUCCCCAGAAGAAUUCUGAAGUUGUCCCUCCGAUAUUACCUCCUACACGAAGAAUAUUGUUUCCUCAAAGUCUCAAGAAGAGUAAUAGUCAACAACCUUUCUUGUCUCCCCAUGCUGUCAAGAUAGAUCAUCAGAAGACUAAAAAACACACAUUAUCCUCUCCAGCUGCGAAGUUCACCGAUGAUCGACCACUCAAGAAGCCGUGUCUUUCAUCUCCAUCUCCUGCGAAACGUACCAAACUUCUCCCUGUAACACCGGAAAGAGUCAAUGGGCGAGAAAGAACACUUCCGUCGAGUGACGAUGAAGGUGAGAAUGACAUUGGAGAGAAUACGCCAAAUCCGCCAAGUCGAAAGAAGAAAUCGAAUGCCAUGGCCAGUGCAGCAGGAAGUCAUAAGAAAACACCAUUGCCAAGAACAUCCGUAGCAGUUGUCAUUCCAACAAAACAACAACCUUCCUCCUCAUUUUCUACCAUUCACCCCAAUUCACCCACUGUCCAAAAAGUCGAUAUAGCUGUUUUACGACUCGAGAAAGAAGAGCUACAACACCGCCUCGAUGUUUCAUCGCAACAAGCACAAAAAGCCAUGAACGAAGUCAAAGAAUGGGAGAAUAGAUGCAAGGAAACAACUGACGUACAAGAUAAUCUCAACAGACUUCUUCGCGCCGAAAUUGAGGAUAAAGAGAGACUUCAAGAACACUUGGAAUCUUCCAGAGAACAAGCGCAUGAGCUCAAUCUCGAAGCGAAGAACUGGGAGGAUAAAUGGAAGGAAGCCGCCAGUGAAAUUGAUGUAUUGCGGAAGCGAUUGGAUUCCAAGACGAAAACACAGAAAGGAGAUGAACCCACUACAGAGAAAUGGCGACUUCGAUAUAUUUCCAAAAAUGAAGAAACCAUACAACUCCAACGCGAACUCAAGCACAUCAGAAACGCACCAGAACCUCUUCACCACACUGAAAAAAUCAAGAAUCUAGAACUCGAGCUUUCAAAUCCGGAAUCGCAGCAUCGCCUCCCCAAAACCGACAAACAAACCCCCCCAGAAGAGCAUCUCGAAUCAUCAAACCCACACCUAGCAAAACAAAUCUCCCAACUAAAACAAGAACUUCGAGAGAAAAACCUCCUCAUCACAAACCUCACCACCCAAACCCAAAGCCUCCACCAAGAACCUUCGCAAAAAGAGCACCUCUCCUCUCAAGUAUCCCAACUAACCUCCUCCCUCUCCUUCACCCACGAUCUACUUUCCCAAGCCGAACGCACGCACCAAUUCGAAAGCACCGCUCUGAAGCAACAAAUCGCACAUCUAAAAAACCUCCUCGUUUCACAAACGAAAACCUCCGAAGAAUUUACAACGCUGCAGAAAGAACACCAGAAAAUGCGGGAAGAAAUGCGUGGAGAAAUACUGGAUAGGGAUGAGGAGAUUAUGAUUUUGAGAGAGGAGUUUGAAGAGGAGAGGAAGGGGAUGAGGAGGGAGGUGGAGAGGUGCGUGGGGGAGGUGAGGGUGAGAGAUAAGGGGUUGCAGAGGAUGGGGGUGUUGGUUGCGGGGUGGGUUUUGAAGUGGAGGAGUUUGGGGGGGGAGGGGGAGAGGAUGGGAAUGGGGAUGGAGAAGGGGGGUGGUGUGCCGGCGGUGGAGGGGGUGGGGAUUUGUGUUGAUGGGGUGAGGUUGUGA